AUGGCGUCACUCCCUCAUCCGUUUGACCCCAUUACCCCCGGGGAGAUCCAGUUGGCCACCAAGAUCUUGCAGGCCGCUUUUCCCGGGGUCUCUCUGCGAUACAAGAAAAUUGAUAUCCAGGAGCCAAUCAAGAAGGAAGUAGUGCCUUUCAUCGAAGCAGAGAGACUGAGAAAGCCAUUACCUCGCCGGCCGACCCGGUUGCUGCAGGUUCUCUUCCACCGAUUGGACAAUGGCGCAUUCUACAAGGCAUUGUUGGAUGCAGGGAAACAGUCUGUCAUCUCAGCUAAGGAGAUGCCCAAAGAUAUUCAGGCCAAUGUUGAUGUAGAUGAAAUGAUCGAGAUGGAGCAGCUGUGCCUGAAUCAUCCCGCUGUCCAGGCCGAAGUGGCCAAGCUGCAAUUACCAGAGGGGGUUACGGUUUGUAAUGACCCCUGGAUCUACGGAACCGAUGAUCCGAAGGAGACUCGCCGCCUGUUUCAAUGCUACAUGUAUAUCGUCGCCACCGACCACCCCCAGAACAACCAGUACUCUACGCCCUGCAAAUUCUCCCCAGUAUUUGACGGGAUCACCAAGCAACUUGUACGCAUGGACUAUCUUCCCAGUGGCACCGACGUGCAAACCAUGGAGACCCAGCCGUGGAAGCCCGUUGAGACCAUCCAAUAUGCACAUGACCUCCUUAAGGAGCCCUUGCGCACUGACCUUAAGCCGUACAUUGUCCAGCAGCCGCAUGGAGCAUCCUUUGACGUUCAAGAUAAUGUGGUCUCUUGGCAGAAAUGGCGGUUCCGCGUGGGUUUCAAUAGCCGUGAGGGCCUGGUAAUCUACAACCUGACCUACGAUGGACGUAAUGUGUUCUAUCGUCUCUCCGUAUCGGAAAUGACCGUCCCCUACGGUGAUCCUCGGGCACCCUACCACCGCAAGCAGGCGUUUGACGUAGGAGACGUUGGGUUCGGUAUUACUGCGAACCAGCUAUCCCUGGGAUGUGAUUGUCUCGGCCACAUCAAGUACUUCGAUGGCUACCGCUCCGACUCCAAGGGCAACCCGAUCCAUCUGCCCAACGUUAUCUGUCUCCACGAGCAGGACAACGGGCUUCAGCAUAAGCACACCAACUACCGUACAGGGGCCGCCACGGUAGUCCGCAACCGCCAGCUGGUUGUGCAGAUGAUCUGCACCGUGGCCAACUAUGAAUACAUUUUCGCGUUCAUCUUCGACCAAGCGGCCAACAUCGAGCUCGAAGUACGUGCCACCGGCAUUCUCUCCACCGUCCCAUUCGACAACGAGGAGUUCGGCAAGACCGUUCCCUGGGGCACAAACGUGGGCCCCGGCGUGAUGGCACCUUACCAUCAGCACAUGUUCUCGUUCCGGAUGGAUCCCGCCCUGGACGGGUUCCAAAACACACUUUACUACGAGGACAGCGUGCCCAUGCCCGAAGACGAAAACAACCCAUGGAACGUGGGAUACACAACAGAGCAGACCGUCCUCCGGACGAGUGGGACUGCCAAUACUAGCGUCGAACGCCACCGUGUAUUCAAGAUCCGCAACGACUCUCAAAUCAACCCUAUCACCUAUAAACCCAUCGCAUAUAAGCUGCAAACCGUACCCAGCCAGAUGCUCCUCGCCAGCCCGAAGUCCUUUGGCGCCAAGCGUGCCGCCUUUGCCACCAAACCCAUCUGGGUCACCAAGUACCAGGACGACGAGCUAUUUGCCGCAGGUGAAUUCACCAACCAAAGCAAGGAAAGCCAAGGUGUCGAGAAAUGGGUGCAACGGAACGACCCGGUAGAGAACGAAGACAUCGUCCUCUGGCACACAUUCGGUCUGACCCACAACCCCCGCAUCGAAGACUUCCCCGUCAUGCCGAUGGAGCGCAUUAGUGUCAUGCUGAAGCCUGACGGGUUCUUCACGAAAAACCCGGCGCUGGACGUACCGCAAUCCUCGCAGUCAUUUAAUAAGUCGACGCUGCACCCGGAACCGGCAGCCUGCUGUGGGCCAGCGAAGGGCAAGCUGUAA